AUGUCCUCCCCACCCCAGGACCACGACCACUCCGCCAUCCACACCGAAGACCCCUCCCCCUCCUCCGCGACAGAAACCCCCAACCCUCUCCUCCGCACCACAAACCCCCUCGUCAGCUCCCUCGAACAAGAAGUCCUAGAUGAAUAUACUCGUCUAUUAGGGAAUGUAAAUAAGUUAUCAACCAAACUCUCCACACUCGCCGAAAACCCCACGACGCUCACACUGGACGGGCUCCGCGGCCUGGAACGCCAAACCGCGACGGUCUGCACGUUGCUCAAGGCGAGCGUGUAUAGUAUUGUUCUCCAACAGCAGAUUUUUAAUGAGAGUGAGGAACAACAACAGCAACAGCAGCAGAUGCAGAUGCAGGAAAUGGAGGACGGGGAUGGGUAUUCGGGGAUGAUGCAGCGGCAGGAGGGUGACGGGGUCGAGUAUGGGUAUGGGGAUGGAGGGUAUGGGGGGUAUGGGGCGGAGGGGGAGAGUUUUGGGAGGUAUUGA